AUGUACACCUACCAGACCGAGAACAAUAUCUACGCGAAGAAUGUCUACGAGAUCAUCCAGCUCAACCCAGCCAACAACAACUUCGAACGGAAUGCGCGGUUUGAGCAUGACUACUCGGCCAACAAGGUCAUGUGGUACCCGAGCGUGGAGGUGGGGGAGGUCGAUCUUCUGGCCACCUCGGGCGAGAAGAUCAACAUCUGGCAGGUCCUCGGCAACCGGGAUUACGCCACCUGCGCGAUCUGGGACUGCGCCCAGGAAAAGCUGACUAGGCAGCUGUUGAUGGGGGUAUACGAAGUCUACGACAUCUGCUUUUCCGCUGACGGGAACAGCUUCGCGCAAGUCGGCGGGGACGGGGCCCUCAGGCAAUACGACUUACGGAGCGGCAAGAGCACCCAGCUGUUCCGAACGGACGAAAGCAACCCAAUAGUGAAGCUGGCCUGGAACCGCCGGAGCACCAGCUACAUCGGCCUGGGCGAGGUCGACAAGCUCGAGUACCACAAGGACUACGUGAACGCCCUCUGCUGGGCGCCCCACACCGAGACCCACAUCUGCUCGGUCGGGGACGACAAGCUGGCCCUCAUUUGGGACCUCAAGAGUGACAAGGAGCCCGAGCAGCAGCGAAACGGCCCGCUGCUGGAGUACGUCUCGGAGGACAGCAUCUCCAACCUGUGCUGGUCCUUGCUCCAGAACGAAUGGCUGGCCAUCAGCUCCUCGGACUAUGUCCAGAUUCUUAAGGUGUGA